AUGGCGGCGCGGGCGGCGCUGUGCGCGGCGGGGUUGGCGCUGUCGCUGUACGCGGUUCAUGUGGAGCGGGAGGCCGCGCGGGACCCCUCGUACCGCGCCGCCUGCGACCUGGCGCCCGCCGUGUCCUGCACCAGGGUCUUCGGCUCCCGGUGGGGGCGUGGCCUGGGCCUGGUGGAGCCGCUGCUGGGCCGGGACAGCCCCUUGAACGUCCCCAACGGGGCCCUGGGGGUCCUGUUCUACCUCCUGCAGGCACUGCUCGGUGCCGUGGGGGGCCGUGGGGCAUCGACCGCGCUGGUGGCGACGUCGGCGGCGUCGGUGGCGGCGUCGCUGUGGCUGGGGGGGGUCCUGCUCUGGGGCCUGGGGGAUCUGUGCCUGGUGUGCCUGAGCACCUACCUGAUCAACCUGCUGCUGCUGCUGAUCAACCUGCGCCCUGCAGGGGGGUGGCGAGACCCAAAACAGCCUGAGGGACCCCAGAAACCUGCAGGAGACAUCAGAAAACCUGAGAGAGACCCCCAAAAACCGCCUGAGGGACCCAAAAAAACCUGAGAGAGACCCCGAAAAACCUGAGAGAGACCCCAAAAAACCUGAGAGAGACCCCCAAAACCGCCUGAGGGACCCCAAAAAACCUGAGAGAGACCCUCAAAACCGCCUGAGGGACCCCAAACACCUGAGAGAGGCACCGAAAAACCUGAGAGAGGCACCAAAAACCGCGUGAGGGACCCCAAACACCUGAGAGAGACACCAAAAAACCUGAGAGAGGCACCAAAAACCGCCUGAGAGACCCCCAAAACCGCCUGAGGGACCCCAAAAAACCUGAGAGAGACCCCAAAACCACCUGAGGGACCCCAAAAAACCUGAGAGAGGCACCAAAAACCGCGUGAGGGACCCCAAAACCUGCAGGAGACACCAAAAAACCUGAGAGAGGCACCCAAAAAACCUGCAGGAGACACCAAAAACCUGGGAGAGACCCCCAAAACCGCCUGAGGGACCUGCAAAGCCUGAGAGAGACCCCAAAAAACCUGCAGGAGACCCCAAAAAACCUGCAAAAGA